GCAAGGGUGCUCGACCUAUUCCGUGCUCUUGACCGGAACGAGGAUGGGCUCGUCUCACGCGGUGAGUUGCGGAGCAAGCUGAUGGGGCUGGGCCUGCAGGUGUCGCCGCACGAGCUCAACGAGCUCUUCUACGCCCUCGAUCCCGACGGCUCUGGCGCCAUCGACUAUGAGGAGCUCCGCCGCGCUCUGCUCGAGGCUGGCCGA